AUGUCGAGCUCACCUUCAUCUUCCCACAUCACCCUUCUUCUGUCGCAGCCAACCACCACAACCACUAGAAGAGCUCGAAAUCCGGCCAAUUUUUACUCGAUUCCGGCAACCAAAUUUGUUGAUCCAGUCUUUUUCAAGACACCCAUAUACUGCCGGUGUGUGGUGGGGCGUGGGCCAGGCUUGGGUGCCCCAUUUGGUCCUAAAAUGUUUUCCAUGUCGUUUCCGAGCACGAUGGUAUGCUCGGAUUUGAAUUUGGUUACCGUUUGA